AUGGCAAGGGCUAGAGAAGAAGCAGGGGACAAUCAGUUGGUAUCUGGCCGGGAGCCAUCAUCACGUACCAUCAGAGUGUUUGUCAAGACCCCACAGGAUUGUCAGGAAUUUAUGCUGGCAGAAAACAGCAGUGUCUGCUACUUCAAGAAGCAGAUCUCCAAACGCUUUCACUGUGAGACUGAUCGACUGGUACUCAUUUUCACUGGAAAGAUCCUUCGGGACCAUGACAUAUUGAGCCAGCGUGGCAUCCUUGAUGGCACUACCAUCCAUUUGGUUGUGAGGACCCGUUUGAAAGUAUCAGGCGGUUUGGGAACUCUGCCAGGUCCUACAGGUCAGUGCCCCAGCCACUCUGGACCAUCGACCUCUGGAAGGGCUAGGAUGCUGGGCAGGCUGGGCAGGCUGGGCCGGCUGGCCCGGAGCUCACCAGAGCUGAUGGACUUUGUUGGCCAGCUGACACAACUCCUGAUGGCUUCCUCUGAGUCUGGGGUACAGUACCUGGAAGAACCUCUGGUCCAAGGCCAGGAAAAUGAGAAAGCAGCCACUACCAGUCAUGUUCCCGAAACCUCAAGGCCAGUGCAGAAACUUGAGUCAGCUCCCAAAACUCUUGAGAUGCUGCAGAGUCCAGUACAGCGCCAGGAACUCCUGCCAACAGGAAAACCAGAACUGGAGGCCUUGAAGGCAGUAUCAGGUGGUGACAAUGCUAUGCAUUCAGGCUACUCUGAUGUCCACCAUCUCAUGCUCUCCACGUUGGCCUCUUUGGUUGCCUCCAAAGGUCACAUUCCAGAUUAUGAGUCCUGGAGAGGGAAGACCAAUGCUCAAAGCAGUAAUGAUACCAACCCGGUCAUUCCCACCACUUCAGCGCCUGCAAGGCCACUGACACAAGAGAACAGUGCAGGAAUACAUGCCCAGGCUGGGGGCAUGGCUUCAGAUCUGGCCAAUUCAAGGUACAGAACCAACAUGCUAGAUUUAUACUCAAGUCAGGAGUUUUCUUCCCAGGAAAGUCAUCAGUCCACAGGAAAAUCUACUCUAACCAAUCAGCUGAGACCCUCACCCUCUGCUUUGCAUAAAGCUUUGCAUGUCUUACAGCAGAAUCCAACUUUGUUACAUCAACUGGCCACUGACAGCCCCCUGCGACAUCAUAUACCACUGCUUCCCAUCCUCACCAACCCACGAGCCCUACAGGCAUUGAUCCUGAUUGACCAGGGAAUGCAGAUGCUGUCUAGGGAAGUGCCUGGUCUGGGGCCUUGCUUAUGGAACGCAGGUAGAUCACGUGGGACUGGAGGAGUCUCCGAACCUAAGGGUGAAGGGCAGGGUCAUAAAGCAGAUGCUGCACAACCCACCUUGGCUGUUCUUCAAUUCCUCCAUUCACUGGCCAAUGCCUGCUCUCAGUCUACCCAAUCCUCACUAUCAUGCCCCGUCACUGAUGGCCACUAUCAGAAAGAACUGGAGCAGCUGAAAGCCAUGGGUUUUGCUAAUCGCAAUGCCAACCUGCAGGCCCUGAUGGCCACAGACGGAGACAUCUACGCUGCCAUUGAGAGGCUGCUGGGGGAAUCAACAGGUUUAGGCCCCUCCUGUUAA